AUGUCAGGGUGGGAUGUGACCCACAAUGUUUCCUACACUGACUUCUUCUUGGUAGGCUUCCCAGGGCUGCAGGAAGCCCGGUCCCUCCUGAUCCUUCCAUUUUCCUGCAUAUAUCUGGUGAUCCUCUCGGCCAAUGCCCUGGUCAUCUACACUGUGGUGGCCCAGAAAAGCCUGCACCAGCCCAUGUAUGCGCUCAUUGCCCUGCUCCUGACGGUCAAUCUCUGUGCCGCUACUGCAGUCGUGCCGGCCAUGCUCUUUAGCUUCUCUACCCGCUACUACCGCAUUUCUCUUUCUUGUUGCCUCAUCCAGAUGUUCUCUAUCUACUUCCUCAUCGUAUUUGACUGCAACAUCCUCCUGGUUAUGGCCCUAGACCGCUACAUUGCCAUCUGCUAUCCACUGCGUUAUCCAGAAAUUGUGACAGGGCAGAUGUUGACAGGUUUGGUGGGCUUAGCAGCAACGAGGAGCACAUGCAUCGUUGCCCCUGUGGUAGUACUGGCCUCAAGAGUACACUUCUGUCGUUCCAACAUCAUCCGUCACUUCACCUGUGAGCACAUGGCUCUGAUGAAGCUGUCCUGUGGAGACAUCUCACUCAACAAGACAGUGGGGCUUGCAGUCCGGGUCUUCAACCGGAUCCUGGACAUGUUGCUCUUGGGCACCUCCUACACACGCAUCAUCCAUGCUGCCUUCCGGAUCUCCUCUAGUGGGGCCCGCUCCAAAGCCCUAAACACAUGUGGCUCCCAUCUGCUGGUCAUCUUCACCGUCUAUACCUCUACACUCUCCUCUUCCAUUGUCUAUCGGGUAGCUCGCGCUUCCUCCCAGGAUGUGCACAACCUGCUCAGUGCCUUCUAUUUACUGCUCCCCUGCCUUGUCAACCCUGUUAUCUAUGGAGCCAGAACCAAGGAGAUCCGGCAACACCUAGUCAAGAUAUUCCAGAGAGCAGGGCCUCGGGCCACUUCUGAAAAAAAUCCAUCCCUACCUCCAGAAAGAGAGCUUCCUUCAUAA